AUGAACAGAACCCCUACGUUCAUCGACCUGACGGAUGAUAGUUUGGGAGAGAAGAGUCGAGCCGACCAUGACGAAAUUGUUUACAGACUUCCUGAUUCUUUGCCGCUGCGAAUUCUACCGCGUUUUGGUUUAAAGAACAAGUCGAUUGUCUGCAGCAUCGAUUGUCGCGUCCAUUUCAGUGCUGCAAGCGCAGUCCGCGCAACACAACCCAGAAUCGCAGACUUUUGGUUAAUUCGGGGCCUCCAGAACCCUCCGCAUGCCGCAGCUAUUGACACUAUGGCUUUGAACAAGUCACUGAACAAGUUUAAGGGCAAGGAGAGGCAGAACGACUGUGCGAUGGAUGUAGAUCUAUGGGGCGAUUUGCAGAAGUACAUUCCUUUAGAGAUGGUCUACGAGAAGUUGCCACUCCAGUCAUUCUUCUUGCUUCGAGAGGUUUGUAAAAGCUGGAACUCUAUAGCCUGUGAGCGUCGCGGCUUCAAGGAUCUCAUCCCUAGGCCUUACUUCGUCUUGAUGCCAUUCAGUUGGUCCAAACCAAAACUUCUGGCUUAUAACAUCUCCCGUGGAGAAUGGAUAUGGAAGCGAAUAGUGGAGCGGAAAACACCAUUAAAACCUCCCGUCCUUGCCUUUUCCCUCCACGGCAUGCUCUACAGCUCAGACCGCUACCGAUUUCCAGCCCGGGAGCUUCAGCUGUAUGUUAUGGACACGCAUGUUUCCAAGGAAUAUCUACUCCCAACGCUUCCGGCAUUGGAGCAAGAGGUUUCCUGGGACGGCAUGGUGGUGGACACGACAGUCACACCCCACACCUUCAAGAUCAUACGAGGGGACGUUGAUUUCGGCACUCAGAUUUAUGAUUCCACAACAGACUCAUGGUCAUCAAACCUUGCGAAACCUUCUUGCCGAAGGCCUCCUCAUCUUACCACAUGUGUUGACUUUAACAACAGUUUGUACAUCAGAUCCGUUGCUCCUGACAUUAUCACGGUCUACGACCUACAGAAGGCCGUUUGGAGUCGAUUGAAUCCUCCAGAGCAGCUUCCAGAUGCCCGUACCUAUGGUGGUUCAUUAGGGACAUGGCAAGGUCGGUUGUUUACUGUGACAGAGCAUCACGAUGGUGUAAGCUUUGAUUCUAUCUCAGUAUGUGAGCUUCAAACAUCGUCCCUGGAAUGGAGGGAGUAUCUCCGCAUGCCAUCUAACUUGUACAACAGAUGGUUUUCAUGCGAGGACGAUAAGAUAUGGUCGAGCUUCUGUGGGGAGUAUGUUCUUAUGAUUGCUUGGCUUCAUCGAAGCUGCGAAUUUGACCAGCCUAAGCAUAUGUGUCUUUGCAGUUUGGCUACAAGAACUUGGGAAAUGUUUGACGCUCCACAUGAUAUUGUCGGUGGCCGAGUUGAAGUAUCAGAUGACUUUUGACCGAUAGAAGCGGGAUUCUGCGGCUCAUAGUCUACUCACUGGGCAAUGGGCAUUUGUUAGUGUGAAGCUCUUUGUGCGAUGGAAAAGGAGAAUUUCUGGUGGAGCUCACUGUUAGCAUCCACCGUCGUUUCAGAGGGCUUUCUGAGGAGCACCGAAAUGAUUGACAUCGUUUCAGUUGACAAUUUUUCACAGUAAUUCAAUAUGGCUGUGAAGUGAACAAGCAGGCUGGACGUGAUCGUAAGGUCGCAAGAUUUAGGCGGGCUGUGUUGUAUUUGUGAAGUGGCAGCUCAAGGGUCCCAAUUUUACGAUUAAGGUAGGGACUUCAUUUAUCAUUAUGACACAUCAUUACACUGCACACAAUCUCUUAAUCAGUUAGCAUGAGCUGCAUUAGGCUGCUCAAGUAUGUCUGCUAGAGACACCGAGAUGUACACUUAUAGAGGAUUCCAAUGAAGAGCGACUUUACGUCAAAGAAUAUGUAGAUCAUUCCCCUUCUCAUGUGUGUGUCUAGUGAGUACGAACUGACAUGUAACUGACUGUUCGCGAGUGUUAGUGCUUGUAUUGGGAACGAAAUUAAUUCUUAGAUUCGCAGCAAUAUAGAAGACAA